GCGGCGCGAGUGCUGAGAGGGAGCGAGCUGCAGCAUGACUCGGAGGCGGAGCAGGCCGAGCGGCGGUACGAGCCGGCGUGAGCGGGCUCGGGCUGUGGGGCCGCAGAAGCCGCAGGCGCCCGAGCCCCCGCCGCCGCCGUGCUUGGAGGCGGGAGCGGGUGCAGGGCCCCCGGAGGCGCCGGCGGAGCGCGACCGCGACGGCCCCAGGGAGGAGGACGAGCCCAAACCCGCGCCGGGCCCUCAGGUCCCUCUCGCCUCCAGCCACUCUAUGCAGACUUGCUGCCUGCUAUGUCACCGGGAACGCAAAGGCUGGGAAGAAGGUCCUUCUCAAAACGGACUGGUGUUGCAGGGUGAGAAGCUGCCCCCUGACUUCAUGCCAAAGCUCGUCAAGAAUCUCCUAGGCGAGAUGCCUUUAUGGGUCUGCCAGAGUUGCCGAAAGAGCAUGGAGGAAGAUGAAAGGCAGACAGGUCGAGAACAUGCAGUGGCGAUCUCCUUGUCACACACAUCCUGCAAAUCGCAGUCUUGUGGGGGUGACUCUCAUUCGUCCUCGUCUUCCUCUUCAUCAUCCUCGUCCUCCUCCUCCUGCCAUGGGAACUCAGGGGACUGGGAUCCCAGCUCGUUCCUGUCAGCACAUAAGCUCUCGGGCCUCUGGAACUCCCCACACUCCAGUGGGGCCAUGCCAGGCAGCUCACUUGGGAGUCCUCCUACUAUCCCCGGUGAGGCUUUCCCCAUCUCGGAGCACCACCAGCACUCAGACCUCACUGCUCCCCCUAACAGCCCCACUGGCCACCACCCCCAGCCAGCAUCUCUGAUCCCGUCUCACCCUGGCUCCUUUGGCUCCCCACCUCACCCACCCCACCCACACCUGCUGCCUGCCACCCCAGCAGCACCUUUCCCUGUCCAAGCUUCAGAGUGCCCCAUUGUUGCUGCUGCCCCCCACGCCCCAGGGCCAUGUCAGAGCCCCCACCUGCCCUCCACCAGCAUGCCGCUCCUGAAGAUGCCUCCGCCAUUCUCAGGGUGCAGCCCCCCCUGCAGUGGGCACUGCAGUGGGCACUGCAGUGGGCCUCUCCUCCUGCCACCAAGCUCUCAGCCACUCCCUAGCACUCACAGCAGAGACCCCGCGUGCAAGGGGCACAAGUUUGCACACAGUGGCCUGGCCUGCCAGCUGCCCCAGCCCUGCGAGGCAGAUGAGGGCCUGGGUGAGGAAGAGGAUAGUAGCUCCGAGCGAAGCUCCUGCACCUCAUCCUCCACCCACCAGAGAGACGGGAAGUUCUGCGACUGCUGCUACUGUGAGUUCUUCGGCCACAAUGCGCCACCCGCUGCCCCGACGAGUCGGAAUUAUACCGAGAUCCGGGAGAAGCUCCGCUCAAGGCUGACCAGGCGGAAAGAGGAGCUGCCCAUGAAGGGGGGCGCCCUGGGCGGGAUCCCUGGGGAGCCCGCCGUGGACCACCGAGAUGUGGAUGAGCUGCUGGAAUUCAUCAACAGCACGGAGCCCAAAGUCCCCAACAGCGCCAGGGCCGCCAAGCGGGCCCGGCACAAGCUGAAAAAGAAGGAAAAGGAGAAGGCCCAGUUGACAGCAGACACUCUAAAGCAGGUGAAUAGUGUUUCUGGAAGCCGGGACCCAAGGCCUGCCAGGGAGAGGCUCUUGGAGUGGCCUGACCGAGAACUGGAUCGGGUCAACAGCUUCCUGAGCAGUCGUCUGCAGGAGAUCAAGAACACUGUCAAGGACUCCAUCCGUGCCAGCUUCAGUGUGUGUGAGCUCAGCAUGGACAGCAAUGGCUUCUCUAAGGAGGGGGCUUCUGAGCCCAAGCCCCAGAGUCUAACCCCCUCAAACCUAAGUGGCUCCUCAGAGCAGCGGCCCGACAUCAACCUUGACCUGUCCCCUUUGACUUUGGGCUCCCCCCAGAACCACACGUUACAAGCUCCAGGCGAGCCAGCCCCACCAUGGGCAGAAAUGAGAGGCCCCCACCCACCAUGGACAGAGGUGAGGGGCCCCCCUCCUGGUAUCAUCCCUGAGAACGGGCUAGUGAGGAGACUCAACACAGUGCCCAACCUGUCCCGGGUGAUCUGGGUCAAGACACCCAAGCCAGGCAACCCUAGCUCUGAGGAGCCAAGUUCAAAGGACGUCCCUAGUUGCAAGCAGGAGCUACCUGAGGCUGUGGCCUCGGGUGGGAAGCCACGGAGGGGUAAAAGACAGGGCAGUCAGACCAAGAAGAGCGAGGUGAGCCCGGCCCCCCGGGCCCUGGCCAGCCUAGAGGCUCUGAGUGCUAAGGGCCACAGCCCUGGCCCCAAGCAGCCAGGCAAGGUCCCAGAGCCUCCCCAAGUGGGUGCUUGUGCCGAGGCUGCAGUGGGGAGCCGGGGGAGCCGGCCAGGACCAGGUUGGUCUGGAAGCCCCAAAACUGAGAAGGAGAAGGGCAGCUCCUGGCGAAACUGGCCAGGCGAGGCCAAGGCACGGCCUCCGGAGCAGGAGUCUGUACAGCCCCCAGGCCCAACAAGGCCACAGAGCUUGCCCCAGGGCAAGGGCCGCAGCCGCCGCAGCCGCAACAAGCAGGAGAAGCCGGCCUCCUCCUUGGACGAUGUGUUCCUGCCCAAGGACAUGGACGGGGUGGAGAUGGAUGAGACUGACCGAGAGGUGGAAUACUUUAAGAGGUUCUGUUUGGAUUCUGCAAAGCAAACUCGUCAGAAAGUUGCUGUGAACUGGACCAACUUUAGCCUCAAGAAAACCACUCCCAGCACAGCUCAGUGAGGCCCUGCCCAGAAUGAGCUUUUUCAGGGCGUCCUGAGGCCUCAACUGCCAGUUGAAAGUCUACACUUUCUCCCUCCACGUACCCCACCUGCCCGACCAAGACCCUCCCUGCUCCCCGCCAUCCUUGACCAACCAAAAGCUGAGUGGAUGCCACACUGUGCUGGGGGCCCCUCAGGACCUCGGCAGAGCCGCUUCCUGGUGCUACGAAGCCUCCACACUCAGAGCCCAGGGACUGGGCUGGCCUGUGGGCCGGGGGCUGAUGGUACUGCUGGCCCAAACUGCUCUUUGUGUUCGGUUUUUUGUUUUUAUUUUAUUUUUUUCCAAUUCUUUUGAUACUGUGAAGAUCUUUCAUGCCGAAAGAUAAAGCAACAUUUGGACACAGA